AUGGUUCGUGGGCAUGAAGAUGUCCAUAAAUGGGUGGAGGAGAUUCCAGACUCUCAGCCAAGAUCAAGACGAUCCAACCACCCCCAUCGGGAGAGAGCCACGGUCCCAGCACCUCAGAAACAAUCCUCCCAUACACGAAGACAGUUAUGGAAGACAGAUCAGAUUGGAAAGGGUUUGGUCACAUCCACUGUCCACUCUGCUGAUCAGAGGACAGCAUUGAGAAGAUCCAAUCAUCCAUCAAGUAUUAUAUCACCAACAAGGCCGGGUCGUUUGCAUCGGUUGCCGGUGGGAAGAAGGCUCCACAGUGGAGGAAGAGAUGAUGAGAGGUCGGAUUCCAGUCAUGAACUGCCAAGACCUACCGGGAUCCCUAUAUCGAGACAGGUGAAGCAUUCGCGUCAACAUCUCAGUCGGAAGCGUCGGGAUAGAAGCCCAGUGUAUCUAGAAGUAGAACACAGUGAGCAUUCAUCUGAACAGACAGCAUCACACAGGCAGACUCAACCUAUGGCUCUAAGUUAUCAAAAUAAACACCCUGGAUCGAUGAGGCUAUCUGAAUGUCAAAGCCAGCAUGUAGAAAUGCAACACCAUGCUGGAUCACGGAAGCGAGAGCGACCCUUGAACUCCUUGAUUGAAGAUGACUCUUCAAAGAUCAAAAGAUCAUGGAGGCAUCAUGGCCGGGCUCCUCCAGAGUCAGUCAGAGUCAAUAGGGAUACUCCCCAGUGGACUAGACAGGGCCAUAGGCAGGGCCAUAGGCAGGGCCAUAGGCAGGGCCAUAGACAGCAGACGGCAUUCUCCAAUCCCACUGGAUCUUUAAAUGAUGAGGAUGGUUCUUCUUCAUUAUUAUUCCAGCCCUACUCCGAGUCAUUCUAUAGUGAAGAUGACCACGCCCCAGAACAGCCAUUACCCCUCAAGGAUAAAGAUCACCAUAUCUCUAUGCAGUCAGCAUCAUCAUCAUCAUCAUCAGAACCCUCACAUUCAUUGGAUUUGCCGUCUCAUCAGCAGAGUGUUGACCCGCUCUUAUCCUCAGAGCAGCUGCACUCAUCACCAGCACCUCCACCAUCUCUUCCCCCCAGGGCAACCCAGCUGCGGAGGCCAGCCACCACUCGCCGUGAUGGUAGCCCACUGCCGCCCCGACGCAUGUGGUCUGAGGAGGAGGAGAGACGUCUUCUCCAGCUAUUUGUCGAGUAUGGGCCAAAAUGGAGGAUCCUGCAGCUGAUGGAUAAGGAACAUUCAGAUGGUGCAGUUCUACAGGACCGUAGUAAUGUUGAUCUGAAGGACAAGAUCCGAAACAUGAAGGUGCGCUAUGAAAAAGCAAAUAAGAUCCUGCCACCAAAUUUCGAAAAGAUCCAUCUAGGUCCCAAGGAGAAGAGGGUAGUGGAGACAUACACAGCCAUUAUAAAGCAACUAAAACGCUGA